AUGCCGUGUCGUGCAACUAGGUCAGACGCCACCGUCGGUGCGCAAGAUCAACAGAAUUCCACGUCGGACCUCGGGACCAACUAUGCCCUCUUCAAAGCUUAUCCCGAUAGUGAAAACGUCACUAUAACUCUUAGCUGGUUAGGUCAUGAGGUUAACAUGGAUAGGAAGAGGAACGAACCUAUCGGAACUACAAUAACACGUUUGAAACGGUCGCUGCAAAAGUUUGUCAAUGUAACAUCCAAAGGUGAUAAAAAUGCGGUUUCUGAUAGAAACGCGCCCAGCACUUCGGGCGUACAGGUGAAAGCAUCUCAGGAUUCUGGUGUCAAGACAAAAGGUGAAUCGGGGCCAACCUCGACGGUAGAUCCAAGUUCUUCGGGACUGGCAUCUCAAGAGGCAGGGCCUAAAGUCCCAGGCAAUUUUUCUAUAAGUUUUAUGACAAAUACCUUCAAACCUUUUGAUUUACAACAAACGUUGGUGGAGGUAGCACACGAAGCAUCAUUCCUAUCCAUCAAUGACACCCUACUUAAAAUCUUCAACAAUAUUUUUCGUGUCAUGGACGUCAAAAUUGGUCAUAAGGCGGUAGUUGGUUGUCCUGUAACUGUGGCUAUCCAUACGGACGGUCCGUGUAAUUACAAAGACCUCCUUGUGGAGUGGCUGGAUGAAAAAGACCAACCAUUGUACAAAGGUACCGUUUAUAUUCCGCCAGAAGCAAUGAACCGCCGUAGAAUGAAGGUCAGAGUGUCACACAAAAAGAUGACGUGGAAUAUAGUGGAAUCUAAAUUCUGCAAAGUUGUUGAUGCGCCUAGAAAUCGAUGGCAGCACGAACGCGUUGCACAUUUUAAUUCCGCGCCUGUGGCCACUACGGCGGAUCCAAUGCAAAGUGAUGUAAGGGACCUUAGGGUUAUGUCAUUCAACAUCUUGUCGCCAACGUAUGUUUCGACUGAUGAAGCCAUUCAAAGGUUCUUUCCGUACUGUCCCCGCGAGUGGCUUGACAGUUGCUACCGUAACCCGCUGAUUCUUCGUGAAAUUCUUAUGGUGAAACCACACAUCUUGUGUGUACAGGAAUGUGCAACAAGCGCGUACCGCGAUUACAUAGAGCCUAUACUUGGUUCACAGUACCAUUCUUGGCUUACAAUAAAGAACACUACCUCGGAUGAGGGAUGCUGUAUAUUCUUGCAACGAGGUAUAUUUGAUAUCUUAGAAUCUCAGAGUCUAACUUUCAAGGAAGAGGUCCGUAAGCCAGAAUACCGCGAAGUGCUAGCACGCAUAGGUGUCGGUAAUUGGUUGAACUACAACGAAGUGACCUAUUUCAACAGGUACCACACUAUUUUCCAAAUGUUAUGCCUAAAAAACACGUUGGAUGAUAAGAAUAAUUAUCUGUUUUUGGCGAACACUCAUCUGUACUUUCACCCUAAUGGCCGGCAUAUUCGUCUUCUACAGACCUAUGUGAUGCUAAAUGAAUUGGAACGUUUUAAAGAAAGGUGCGCUCAAAGAUACGGGUUUGACAUUGACACUGAAUCUAGCACAAUCAUCUGCGGAGAUUUUAACUCCUUUAAAACCGAAGGAACCUUUCACCUUAUGGCCAACGGAUGGGUACCUUAUAAUCACGAGGACUUUGACUUUGGCCUCAAAUACGUGCAUGAAAAGUUCAACCCAUCACAGCAAAGGGCGCCGUUUCACUUCACAAGAUCGGGAACUGUCUAUUACCCGCUUGAGACGAAAGAGCGUUUAGAGGUUGAAAACUGUAAAGGCUACCAAGAUGCUUACAGUGGUCGUGAACUUCCAUUCACGAAUUAUGUGAAGACUUUCAAUGGUACACUAGACUACAUAUUUCAUUCGAAGAAUCUUAAGGUGAAACGCUGUAUGCCGGGCAUCAGCGAGAAGGAUGCGCAGGAAUUUGAAGGUCUGCCUUCUAAAAUAUACCCUUCAGAUCACAUAUCCAUAGCUGUCGACUUUUAA